UGGCAGCACAGAACAGCGUGGAGUAUCGCAGGAUAGUUCUUUGCUUCUUGCAUAUAAAUUGAACGAUUGUGUUGUUCGCAGUUCCUGCGAAAAAAAGCAUUAAGAAAUGAAAAUUGUGGCAAUAUUUUGCUUGUCGUCUUUGAAGUUACAACUUGAAAAUAUUUUUCUACUGUGCCAGUUUCAGAUGUGAUGUUGCAGCAGUUCUUGUUUUGACAAGAAAGAUGGUACGCGUUGGUGUUACAUGAACGUAUAAUGCCGCCUAAGUUUAAGAAAACUGUGCCUCAAGAAGAUUUAGUGGCCGCCAAUGAUGAGGAAAGAGCUUCACUGUUGGAACAACAAAGUGGAAGUGAGGAAGAUGAAGGUUUCUUUCUUAAUUCUCCAUCAACAAAACGUGAAAAGAAAACCUUAGAAAACGAACGUAUUAAACAAGUCCAUGGUCAGAUCACCGAAGUAAUUGAAACAUUAAGAGAUAAUGUGAAAAUCCUAGACAGAGGCAAACGUCUUGAAGAACUACAGGACACAUCAGACAGAUUGACAGCUGCGAGUAUAGAUUUCAGGGAAGCUUCUAACCGAAUGAAAAGACGUGCCUGGGCUCAGCAGAUGAGAACGCGAGCCGUAUUAAUUGCAGUUUGCAUCAUACUAUUGGUGGGUUUGAUAGAUCCAAACUGUAGCCAGGGGGGGCAUUUUGAAAUGUCUAGCAUUUUCUCCAUCUGGCGUCAGUACGAGAGUUCCAGUCAUCGUUCAUUAUUCCCGAGCCUGAAGACAUCUCUGUGUUCGAAUAUUUGAAGAUAAUGUCUUUGAACUUAAAUAGGAUGUGAGUGUCCUGAAGUGUUCUGCAUUCUGAAUAGCUGGAGUGUAGUUUUAACCGUUCCAGUGUAUAUUACAGCUUAACUUAUCGGAACUUACAUGUUUUCAGUUACCUCUGUUUAACUGUGUUUAUUAGGUCAUUGGCACAGUCACAUUAUGUCACACUUAAUCAUUAAGCCUGCUAGUGCUUACUCAAUAAAUUGAAUUGCUUAUGUAUGAUUUAAUUAACUUGCCAAAUAAUCCAGGCUGUGCACAUUAUGGCAAUGUUAAAACAGUAUGGUCAUACAGACUGUACAGUGAGUUGUCAAAUCAAGCUUCAGGUUGGAAACAUUGAAUAAAUCAUGUAAGCUAGUCACAAAAUUUUUUUCAGUUAUGUGACAGAAUUCUGUGAUUCCAUCAACAUACAUGUGCAUAUAGCUAUUCAUAAAUAAAUUAAUAUGUGCACAAUUCAGAAUUCCCUGUCUGUCAUUGUUUGGCACCCCUUUCAACUUCUCUCUUUGUUCUGCGCAUACAUGUGUGAGAAACAAAAAUGCAUUUGCCAGACACCAAAUUUGUUUCUUACUUUCUUUCAAUAUUUUAUACAUACCUUGUGUAAAAUCACAACUUAAUUCCCCUCUUGCAAUUGUACACUCUACCUGCUGACUGAUUGACUUCUUACUAUAUGCUGCAGUGCUGUGAAAUGGCACACAUGGGCUACAUGGUGAAGCACUAGCCCAUUAUACCAUUAGAGUUAUCCAAGCAUCUAAUAAUGGAAAUCCAGGAUGGGAAUAAUGACAGUAUUUUGUAAAGGGUAGAUUGCUACUCACCAUAUAGAGUUGCAGACAGGCACAACAAAAAGAUUGGUAAAUGUGAACUUCCAGCCAAAGGGCCUUCUUGUAAUGUAGAAAACACACACAUGGCCACAACUCAUGUUCUUGUCACACAGUAGUUACAUUUUAUAGUGCCAAAAUUUUUGUGGGGUCUACUAAGGAAACAUAUGUGUUAUACUACUACAGACAAGACAUAGAUCACUUCUGUAAAAAUGGUCCAUGCCUUGAUGUUGCAACAGUAGUAUUAGGAUCUACACAGUAACAAUCUGGAACGCGUUUUUUCCCCCACUUCUUCAACAAAAUUGCCUGCAGUAUAUUUGUAAGUCCUUUUUUAUCCUCAUUUGUUAAGAUACCUAUUUUAUGUUAGAAUUUCCUCAUAAGCAUUAGACAGUGCCUGACCGAAGAAGACAGUCAAAAAGUAGCAGUUAUGUAAAUAUCAGUAAUAAUUGCUUUAUGUAUUGCAACUCUGCUGUGACAAUGUCAAAUGUAAUGUCAUUAACAAAAUCACAUUGAGAAUAUAUGUACAUCAAACAUGA